AUGUGGGUGCAAGCGGUUGUUUUGGUUCUGUUUAUUAUUCUGUUUGCUGUUUUGGUUUAUGACGUCAUCAAGCCCCCCAACUAUCCGCCAGGACCCCGAUGGCUGCCUGUUGUUGGCAACUUACUGCAAGUAAUAUCUCUUCGCAAGCAUCUUGGCUUCACUCAUCUUGUGUGGUGUCGUCUAGCAGAGAUGUUUGGCUCAGUAGUUGGUCUACGACUCGGCAGAGACCUCAUCGUCAUCGUCUCUGGCUACAAACUCGUCAAACAAGUUUCGACACGAGAAGAUUUUGAUGGUAGACCAGAUGGCUUCUUCUUUAGACUGCGCUCGUUCGGUGAAAGAUUGGGCAUAGCUUUUGUUGAUGACGCCUUCUAUCACGAACAGAAACGUUUUGUUCUUCGCCAUCUGAAAUUAUUUGGAUUUGGUGGAAGCUCAAUGGAGCAACACAUCAAUGAAGAUACAAGUCAACUCAUAGAAUGGCUUCAGUACCAAGAAGGUCCUGUAGAUAUCCAGGAGAUAUUUGACGUAUCUGUGGUAAACAGCCUAUGGGCGAUGCUAGCUGGACGAAGGUUUCUGUUGGGAGAUAAACGACUGAAGCAACUCUUGUCCUUGCUAAGGGAAAGUUUCCGAUUGUUGGACAUGUCUGGAGGACUUCUCAACCAAAUGCCUGCCUUGCGGUUCUUAGCUCCUAAUCUGUCUGGAUAUAACAAGAUUGUUCAUGUCAUUGACAGUAUAAAUUCACUUCUUCAAGAAAUUAUUGAUGAGCACAAGGAUACCUUGAAACCAGGAGUGAUCAGAGAUCUUGUGGAUGCUUUCCUUCAUGAAGUCAACAAGCAAAAGAAAAAACCUGAGUCAUCGUUUACAGAGAAGCAGUUAAUGAUGCUGCUUAUGGACAUGUUCAUGGCUGGUUCUGAAACUACAAGCAACACUUUGGCUUUUGCAAUUUUCUUUCUCCUGAAAAACCCACGAGUUCAGGAAAUUGCCCACCGAGAAUUAAAAUCUGUCAUAGAACCAGGAAAAUUGCCUUCACUCAAGGACCGCUCCAGCCUCACAUACAUUGAAGCAAUAGUUAUGGAGACUCAGAGAUUAGGAAAUGUUGCCCCAAUAACACCUCCACACAGAGCAAAAAGAAGAACUUUGCUAAAUGGGUACUGCAUUCCUGAGGACACAACUAUACUUGUGAACUUGUUUAGUGUUCACAUGGACCCAACUUACUGGAAUGAUCCAGAGGUAUUUAAACCAGAAAGAUUCAUUGAUAAAAGCGGCAAAAUAAUUCAACAUGACUACUUUAUUCCUUUUGGUCUAGGUCGCAGACGAUGUUUGGGUGAAACUUUGUCCAAACCGAGUCUUUUCUUGUUCUUGGCGUCUUUGUUACAUUGUUUCAAACUGACCAUACCGCUUGGAGAGAAAUUGCCGACUGCACCAGCUGUUGAUGGAGCUACCCUAUCUCCUCCGCAGUUCAAAUGUCAACUAGUGCCUCGUAUAGGAGAAGAUUAAAGUGCUGAACAAAAUACUUUGUUAGAAGUUCAUUGUUGGUGAUGGUGAUUUUAGGUUGUUUUAAGAAUUGCUUUGAAUAUUUUUCAUCAUUGUUUCAUAGUAAAAUAUGUUUCUUGAUAUUUUCAAAUCUGAAGCCUCGACCUAUAAUCUUUUGUUAAAAAUGAAAGUUAAACCUUAUAAGGUAAAAUAUAUAUAAAAAAAAAACAGUGCUGGGAAAGACAAAAUACUUUUUCUGAAAAAAAAAUCAAAUGUUUCAAGGGGUUGAAUGAAUAGAACACCAUUGGGUAUUUAAAACUUUAUUCUAUACUACAUGUUUUAACAAGUUUUGUAUGUGUUAAAGGUUAACAUCGGUGGAACUUAAUGAUGUUUAAAAACCGUUUGUAU